GCAAAGUCCUCCCCGCGAUCGCAACCUCGCAGUCUCGAUCGUUCAACGCGACGGACAAGAUGAACCGGUACCUUGCGGUGUUCUGCGCGUUCUUAUCAGUUGUGGCGCCUGGGAUUGCUAACGCUGGGAAUUAUCUGAUUUAUGCACCGAAUUACAUUCGGAUCAACGAACGCUACCAGCUGGCGAUAUCGACGUUCAACGUUUCGGAUCAUUUUGAGCUGAACGUAGCUAUCGUAGGAUUCAACGAGAAGGAUGAAGAAAUCAAAGUUGAUAGAUUAGUUCGGAUGAGGAUGCGCGAUGAAACGCGCAUUGUGGAGUUGGAUCAUUCUAGCAUACAGUCAGAGUCGUUCACUUUGAAACUCGAGUCGAAGACUGCUCCUGAAAUCAACCGGGAGAUACCUCUGACACUCUUAACGAAAACUCAUGCCGUUUUGAUCCAAACAGAUCAACCGAUCUACAAACCCGGCAAUACAGUCAAGUUCCGGAUUUUUGUACUCGAUCAAACCACCAAGCCGAUAUCCGACCUUGAUACCAUAGGCGUAGAGCUUAAAAAUCCUGAUGACUUCGUCAUCAAGAAAUGGCCUUCGGCGAAGCUACGCAACGGUAUCUUCCAGUCCCAGCUGGAGAUCGCCAACCAGCCAAAUCUUGGCAACUGGUCUAUAACAGCGAUCGUACGAGGAGAAGAACAUACUGGGAAGUUUAUGGUUGACGAGUACAAGCUUCCCCAGCACGAGAUCAGAAUCAGUAGUCCCGGGGUGUCAACGUUAGACGACGAAAUGAUGACCGUUGACGUCGAAGCUUGGUACACAUUUGGUAAGCCGAUCAAGGGAGAGAUCACGGUAACGGCGGGAAACGUCCAGAAGGUUGUUACAAAGUUCAAUGGACGUCUGAGAAGUACGUUCAGAAUUCAAGAUGUUGUUAGUAGCGUUGAUAGUGACAGUACCGUGACUGAAGUCGAUGUCAGUCUUCGGGAGUUGCAUACAAAAAAGAUCUUCACCGCGUCUGACACCAUCCAGAUCUUCCGGAAACCUCACAAAGUCACCCUGAAGCAGUCGUCCAAGCUGUUCGUCCCAGGUCAUCCGUACCGAUGCUGGCUUCAAUUCACGGACCCAUUCGGAGGACCACCCAAGACCCUUCCCCGGCAAGUCACUCUAAACGUCUCGUACGAAGGAAACGGCAAACUUCCCAAGAUCAAUGAGCUACACCUCACUCCGAACAGCGACGGGAUCGUUCCAUUGAUCCUGUCAAUCCCUGAGAAAGCGUCCCAUGCCGAGCUGGUCGUCCGCGGUGAAGGUAUCGACGAGCAGUUCUUCCUGCACUCCGGACCGCUUCAAGCUCCAGGGUUCUUCCAAGCUUCCCUGCUAACGGAUAAGCCGGCGAUCGGUUAUCCAGUUUCGGUGCAAGUUCAGUCUUCGAACGCGCUGGAUUUUGUGGUCUACCAAGUGGUUGUCCAGAAGCGAAUUCUUCAGGUGAAGAGGAUCGACGCCAGUGGUGACAAAACGGUGACGUUCAACGUCGAGGUGACCCCGGAGAUGAUCCCAACGUCCAAAAUAACCGUUUUCAGCGUUCGUGACGGCAAGAUUAUGAGUGAUUCUGUGGACGUGGAAGUGGAUCAGCUGAAGAAUUCGCUCAAAAUGGUCGCCUCCGAUCAUCAUGCGUCAGGGGAAACUUUCCGGAUGCACGUCGAAACGAUGCCCAAUUCAACGGUAGGGAUUCUGGCGAUUGACAAGAGUGCACUGUUGCUGGAGAGCGGGAAUCAAAUUACCAAGAAAGCGAUAUUCGAUGAACUUUUGGGUCGAUCGGACGAAGAGGAGGAGUUUGAAGGAGAAGAUUUAGAAGCUGAAGAUUUAACACUAAUCACUAAUCUAGUUCAACCUAUUGCCCUUCGUCCACGCUUCGGUAACUAUGACGGAGUUGAGGAAGACGAGUACAUCAAACCGCGCAAAGUUUUCCCUCAGUCUUGGCUCUGGAACAAAUUGGUCAAUUCAGGUCCCGAAGGUCACCUCACAAUCGCAGAAACCAUCCCGGACACCAUCACCAACUGGCAGAUUUCGGCCUUUUCCCUCAACCCUGUCCACGGCCUCGGAGUCCUCGAAACUCCCCUCGCUCUUCACGUGACCAAACCCUUCUUCGUGAUGCUCAACCUGCCGUACUCGGUCAAAAAGAGCGAAACCGCCACCGUCGAGGUCAGCGUGUUCAACUACCUGGACGAGCUGAUGUACGUGGAAGUUACACUCAAGAACCACCGGCAAGAGUUUGAGUUUGUGGGCAACAGUGAUGGACGCACGGAUGCCAGCUACCAGAUUAAGAAUCUGGUUCUGAUGCCACAAUCAGCCAAGAGUGUCAAGUUCUUGGUGAAGGCCAAGAAGAUGGGCGACAUUACGAUCAAGGUUGUGGCGGAGUCCGAGACGGCUUCGGACUCUGUUGAGCGGUUUUUGAGGGUGAUGCCGGAGAGUUUGCCGUACAACAAGAAGGAAUCUCGGUACAUUGAGUUGAAGGAUUCUGGUGAAGAAAGUCGCAUGAGCAUCGACCUGGAGAUGCCGAAGUACUUGGACGCUGGAUCGGAAAACAUAAGUUUUACGGUGUAUAGCGAUUUGUUGGGGAGUGCAGCGGAUGAUCUGCAGAACUUGAUCAGGAUGCCGUCAGGAAGUGGCGAACAGAACGUGUUGAAAAUGGUUCCCAAUGUGGUCCUGGUGGAUUACAUAGCUGCGACGAAGGCCUUCGAUAGUAGGGUGAAAGCGCGAGCUGUACGAUUCUUGGAGUUGGGUUACCAGAACCAACUUAAAUUCAGACGCGAAGAUGGUUCGUUCAACGUUAUGGGCAAGGAAGAUCCUCAAGGAAGCGUUUUCAUAACUGCUUUGGUUGUGAAAACUUUGAAGCAGGCAUCAAAAUUCAUCACGGUUGAUGACUCAGUUAUCGAGCAGGCUUACGAUUGGCUCAAGAACAAGCAAACCCCAGACGGAAGCUUCAACGAGGGUGGUGAUCUUACCAACCGUGAACUACAGAAGAAUCACAGUGAUGAAGAUACACUAACGGCGUUUGUACUAAUCGCCUUCUUGGAAGACGGAUCUAUUACUAAUAAGUACCAGUCAGUUAUCAAGAAGGGAACCGACUUUCUAGCGGCAAAGGACCUCCACAUGCAAUCAACCUACACGCUUUCGCUGAUAGCAUACACCUUGCAGUUGGCCAACCAUCCCAGCAAACGUUCAGCAUUCGACGAACUCUUACUCAACUCAAAGUCCAGCACGAGCCCUAAAGCUCGUUGGUGGGAUGCCGGGUCAAACAGUCUGGAAGCGACCUCCUACUUCUUGCUGACCACCCUCCUCCUAGGCAACUACGUAGACUCGCUACCAAUCGUGUACUGGUUAACCAAAAACCAGUACUACUACAGCGGAACCCUAGAAAACACUCAAACCACCUUCGUCAGCCUCCAAGCGUUAGCAGAGUACGCCAAGCGCGUUUCCACGCUUCGCAACAACUACUACGUCACACUCACCUGUUACGAUCGCCGAAAGCUCAAACUUCCCCAAAACUACGCAAUCCAAAUCAACCCGCAAAACUCCAAAGCCCCGCUAACGCUAACGCUCCCCUCCGAAACGCGAUCGCUAGUCCUAACGCUCUCUGGCACCGGCAACGGAAUGUUCACCAUCAACUACCACUACCACUCCAACAUUCUCCGUCUGAAUCCCCGCUUCACCGUCAAAGUAAAAACCCUCAACACCACCACCGACGAGUACAUGGACCUGCGGGUUUGCGCAAAGUUCAAGCCCCGCGAAGCGUACGAAAGGGCCGCGCUAACGCUCAUGGAGAUCACCUUCCCCAGCGGGUACAUCGCGUUCGACGAGACGGUCCAGGAGUUGGAGCAGUCCGACGUGGUGAAGAAGGUGGCGACCAAGCACGACGAAACGACGCUGGUGCUGUUCUUUGACACGAUUCCGGAGCACCGGUUCCAGUGCGUUGACGUGACCGGCUUUCAGCAGAGCGUGGUGCUGCAGCAGGCGCCGGGGACGGUGCGGGUGUACGACUUUUACGAUACGACUUUGGUUGCAAUAGAAUAUUUCGAUGGAAAGUGAUGAAAUUUUGCGAGAUUUUAGAGAAUCAACGAAGACUCAAAGAAGGUAUAUUUUAAAAUGCUGUUUUCAAAAGAA